UUCAGAUCACUCACCAAACACGUUCAGGACCUCCAGCUCCAGAGCCAAGAAGGGAAAAGCAAUUGUUUACAAAACAUCUUUGCAGAAUCACUCAGGAGGCAGAAACGAUGUACGAGUACUUGAGUAACAAUUGUACAUGCACAUAUGUCUUGGGUGCGUUUGUGCUGCUAUGGGUUCUGGUGUGGUUCUACCGGGACAACUUGGAGAUCACCAAGGUCUCAGAGAAACACGUUUUUGUGACUGGUUGUGACUCUGGUUUCGGACACCUACUGUGCAAAUGCCUGGACAAAUGUGGUUUCCGCGUCCUAGCCGGGUGUCUCACGGAAAAGGGCGCAGAUGAUCUGAAGAGGGCGACAGGACCUUUCCUGAAAACCUUCAUCUUGGACGUGACCAGCACAAUCAGCAUUCAGAAGGCUUUGGAAUGGACCAAAAAAGAAGUUGGAGAUAAAGGACUUUGGGGUCUCGUGAACAAUGCUGGACGCUCUCUUCCCAUGGGUCCAUCAGAGUGGAUGAAAAUCGAAGACUUCCAAAGCACGCUUAAAGUCAACAUGACUGGCAUGAUCGAGAUGACCAUGAACUUCUUGCCUCUUGUCAAAAAGGCCCGUGGACGAGUGGUGAAUGUGGCGUCAGUGUUGGGAAGAGUGGCAGCUAACGGCGGAGGAUAUUGCGUCUCAAAGUUCGCAGUGGAGAGCUUCUCUGAUUGUCUCAGGAGAGACAUCCAAAAUUUUGGGGUCAAUGUGUGCAUCAUCGAACCUGGUUUCUUCAAGACUCAGGUGACCAGCUUGGAGCCCAUCGAGAGGGAACUUCAUCGCCUCUGGAACCAACUGACCCCUGAAGUGAAGGAGAGUUAUGGAGACAAAUACUUGGAUAAAUACAUCAAGAUCCAGAGGCUGAUCAUGAACACCAUAUGCGACUCUGACCUCAGCAAAGUGACCAACUGCAUGGAACAUGCCCUGCUGGCCGUCCACCCAAGAACACGCUACAGCGCAGGCUGGGAUGCCAAGCUCUUGUGGAUUCCCUUGUCUUAUAUGCCUGCUUGUGUUGUAGAUAUUGCGCUGAAGCUGGUGUUGCCAAAGCCUGCAAAAAGUGUCUAGAUUUGGAAGUAAUCUUAGGCCACAUACGUUUAACUCUUACCUUUCAUUUCCCUCUUAUGAUACACUGUAGACACUCUAUUUUGGGGUCUUACUAAGUAGGCUAACUAGAGUUUACAAACACUGUAAAUUUAAUAGUGUAUUUAUGAUGCAAAGUUAUCUGGUAACUGGACACUAUCAGUGAUUUUGUAUAUUUAUGAACCAUUAUAUAAAGUAGUUAUAAUGUGCCUUGAAAAUGCAUCACCAGUUUUGCCUGUUGAUCAUCUCAUGUAGAUGGGUUGCUAAAGUGCCACCGACUUUGACUUUUGGCAUUAUAUUUGUAUGAAACUGUCAGAGUUACUGUUUUGCAGGGAAAUGGAUUUAAUAUAACUGUAUAAACAUAAUUCAAUAAAUGUUAUAAGCACAUUUUCUGUGAACCAAUCUCUUCCCAGAAAGAAAAAAAACUA